AUGUCAUACUUAGCCGCUCAAGUCGGCGUCGCCACCUCUGGUGUGACCGUUUUGGUCUUGAUCUUGGCCUUCGGCCACAUCUACACCGAUUUGAACAACACAUGGGCCGAGUUGGACCUUCAGAUGGACCAGUUCAAGGUUCAGACCGACGACCUCUGGGGUGAUAUGCUCAAGAUGGGAGCCGGAUCCCCAUCCAACCGUCAACGUCGUCAAGCCUACGGAGGCUACGGAGCUUCCGGCAACCAGCCCUCAUUCCCAGGAGGACCAUCCGGCCCAAGCGGACCAGGACCAAAGGGACCAGGUGGAGCUUCUCCACCAUGCGGACCAGCUGGAGGACCAGGUGCUCCACCAUGCGGACCAGGAGGCUCAGGACCAGGCGGCAACCCCAACUGCCAAUGCCAAUCCGAGAACAAGUGCCCAGAAGGACCAGCUGGACCACCCGGAGAAGCCGGACCAAACGGUCUGCCGGGUCUUCCAGGUAAGGACGGUAUUCCCGGUUUGGACGCCGAAGAUGUCAACGACCAACCACCACAAGGCUGCUUCAACUGCCCAGCUGGACCAACCGGAGCUCCAGGAGACGCUGGACGCCCAGGACCACGUGGUAUGCGCGGACCUAAAGGAAACCCAGGAUACCCAGGCCGUGACGGAUACCCAGGUACCCCCCGGAGACCAAGGACCACAAGGAACUCCAGGUAAGGUUUUGAAUUUCAAAAAUGGCAAGAUGUUGAUAUUUAAAAUUUUUUUUUAUUUUUUGAGGCUUACUGUAAAUUGUUAACAAAAUUUAAACAAAAAAGCAGUUUUUAAUACCUAAUCCCUUCAGGAGACGACGGAAAGGCCGGACCAGCCGGAGAGAAGGGAACCGACGCCGAGAAGCCAAUCGGCCGCAAGGGACCACGCGGAUCACCAGGAGAGCAAGGUCCAGAAGGACCACAAGGAGACAAGGGACAAGACGCUCCACCAGGCGAAGCCGGACCAAAGGGACAACCUGGACCACCCGGAUUCCAAGGACCAGCCGGACAGGACGGUGAAGAGGGAGGAGAAGGUCCAUCUGGUGCCCCAGGAAAGGACGCCGAGUACUGCCCAUGCCCACCAAGAGACGGUGGUAAGGGAGGUAACGGUGGCCCAAGCGGUAGCCACGGAGUCAACGGAAACGGCGCCGGAGCCGGAUCUGGAGCCUACAGACGCAGACGUAUCUAA